AUGGCGAUCCAAACUCCGGUCCUGGACCGGUUCCUAGGUAGCAUCGCAGACCUGGUCAAGAGUCGCGACGGCGCCAAACUGCAGGACUUUCUCCAGAUCGAACCUCCGCUCUCCGAAGUCUACCAGCAGAUGGUGGCAGAAUUACAACAAUUUUAUCCCGGUGGAGCACAGAAAGAAGCAGAUCUUCUGCGACGAUGCGAAGGACUGGUUCCGCGUACUAAGGGGGGUAGCUCAUGGAUAGCAUUUCCGACGUUCAUGAAGCUCUAUUUCAUCUUCCUCCGCGAUGUCAAUGUUGAGAAUCUGCUCGAAACAUACAAUUUGCUUAAAGGACUGCUCAAUCAAUGUGUCUUAUCGCUUGGUGAUAGCCAAAUGGGUGUUAUUGUCCUCCCCACCGUCCUUUACUUAUCCAAGGUCCUAUCAAAGCUGGCUAUGGGCUUGGACCGCCGACCUGAGUUAAUCGCACACCUGCUGAGGCUAGAAGGAGGCGCCGAUCGGGAGGAAAACAUCGAAAAGGUGACAUUGGUGGAAAAGUCGGCCAACGUUGUUCGCGAGGCCUUUAUCAAAUGCCUCACUGAUCGCAGUGGCACACCAGGCGUGCAUGGCAAGCCUGAAGGAAAACGGAUCGGAAUCUACCUCAUGGCGAAUCUAUGCUUGAAAUUGCUAUUUCAGUGUGGCAAGCUUCGAAACGCAGAACAGAUGUUUGCCAGUAUCAGUGCCCAGUCUCCCCCGCUGAAGCAUUUCCCAGCCUCGCAAAGAGUGACCUAUCUUCACUACCUCGGACGUUACCUUUUUUCCAAUAACCUCUUCCAUCCCGCUCGGAUUGCCUUGCAAUCUGCUUACGAUCAGUGCCAUCGUCAAGCACUGAACCAGAAACGCCUUAUUCUUACCUACCUCAUUCCUUGCAACAUUAUCAUGGGCCGUUUCCCUUCGAUGCAAUUACUACAACGUCCCGAAUGCCAGGGUCUUGCCGACCAAUUCAUCCCUAUCUGCCGUUUGAUUGCUCGCGGAGAUUACAUUGCCUUCAGAGAGCAUCUAGCAAUCGAUUCGCCAGCUACCGAGUGGUUUGCACGGAAAGGGAUCUUGCUCGCCUUGCGCAAUCGUUGUGAAAUCCUUGUCUGGCGGUCACUCGCAAGAAAAGUGUUUAUCCAUGGCGGAUUUCACGGAGACACGCAGAACCCAGCUCAGCGUGGUCCACCCCCAUUUCUUUAUUUGAACAAACUCGAGGCAGCUGUACGGUGGCUUCAAUCCCAACAUGCGCAGUCGCCACAGGGAGGUGUGGCCUUGAAUCAAUCAAAUGAUUCAAAGGCUGGAAACAAUGUCUGCGGGUCACAAGUCGUUUAUAAAUCACCUGAUAAUGACUUUUCCGGUAUCAAUAGUCAGGAAGUGCAUGAACCAGAUCACACACUACAAUCGAAAUACUCAGAUUACCUAGCUCCAGAGGGCUCCUUUGAUGCACAUGGUUAUUGGCAUGGAAACCCGACCGGUGCUCUUAUCGACGGCAACCCAGAUGCCGAUUACAAGCAAUACGAACUCGAUCCAUAUGCCCAUCGGGUCGAAUCGAACUUUCACGAAAGUGAAGGGAAACCGACAGCUAUGAUGCGCGAGAUUGAAGCCAUUCUGGCUUCUCUUUUGACCCAGGGCUUUAUGCGCGGUUACCUGACACACAAAAACCCGCGGUUUGCCAUUCCAGGAGCUCGUCUUCGCGGGGCUUUACCCACUGGGUUUCCCAAUGUAUGGCAGACCAUCUAUGCGCGAGAAAGCGAGGAUGACAGCGUCCCUGGAUGGGUGCAACCACCACCUACAAUGGCUAAUAAUACGUUUGCUGCCGCUGCUGCUGGUGGUCGCGUUGUGAAUCUGUCUGGAGCACGACCGGCGGGUGCUCAAUGA